CCAGUUCUCCCCUUGCCGUCACCGCACCGCAGAGGAGGAGGAAAGGGCAGGGAAGCUAGCUCGCCUCGCGCGAGCGAGCGAGCCGAUCCACCCACCCCCGCACGAUCCGCCGCCGCGCGCGAAUCGGAGCUACCACCACCGCCCUCCUCCUCCUGCAUCCGCGUGCCCGCGAAUCGGAUCCCCCUCCCCCGAAUUGGGGCUCGAGUGGCACCGAACCCUACUCGAUCCCGGCGGCGUGAGGGGUGGGGAUGACGCGCCGGGUGCGCCGCCGGCUGUGCAAGGACGGUGGGAAGGGUAAGGAUGUGGCGGCGGAUGAGGAGAGGGAGCUGGUGAGCUGCUCGUCGUCGAGUCGGCGGCGGGGGGGUUUGGGGGUGGCGGUGGCGGCGAGGGGGGGUGGCGGUGGCGGGAGCGGGAGCUGCGUGGUGGACUGGAGGACGCUGCCGGAUGACACGGUGCUGCAGCUGUUCGGGCGACUGAACUACCGCGACCGGGCGAGCAUGGCGGCCGCGUGCAGGACGUGGAGGGACCUGGGGGCGUCGCCGUGCCUGUGGAGCGCGCUCGACCUCCGCGCGCACCGGUGCGACGCCGAGGUGGCGUCGUCGCUCUCGUCGCGGUGCGGGAGCCUGCGGCGGCUGCGGCUGCGGGGGCACGAGGCGGCGGCGGCAGCCUCGGGCCUCCGCGCGCGGGGGCUCCGGGAGGUGGUGGCCGACGGCUGCCGCGGCCUCACGGACGCCACGCUCGCCGUCCUCGCGGCGCGGCACGAGGCCCUCGAGAGCCUCCAGAUCGGGCCCGACCCACUCGAACGCAUCUCCAGCGACGCCCUCCGCCAAGUAGCCUUCUGCUGCUCGCGCCUCCGCCGCCUGCGCCUCUCGGGUCUCCGCGAUGCCGACGCGGACGCCAUCGGAGCGCUCGCGCGCUACUGCCCCCUCCUAGAAGACGUCGCCUUCCUCGACUGCGGAUCCGUAGAUGAGGCCGCCAUCGCCGGCAUCCUAUCCCUCCGGUUCCUCUCCGUCGCUGGAUGUCACAACCUGAAAUGGGCUACAGCAUCCACCUCCUGGGCUCAGCUGCCCUCCCUUGUUGCCGUUGAUGUGUCCCGCACCGAUGUCUCACCAAGUGCCAUCUCUAGGCUCAUCUCCCACUCCAAAACCCUCAAGCUUAUAUGCACGCUUAACUGCAAAUCUGUUGAGGAGGAACAGGCACACAAUCCUGGAGCAUUUAGCAACUCCAAGGGCAAGCUUGUACUCACCAUUACAAGCCACAUUUUCAAAUCGGUCGUCUCACUUUUUCCUGAUAAGGUUGUGAAGGAGAAUGAGGUGUUCAAUGAAUGUAACUGGAAGGGCAAAGACAAUGCACUUGGUGAUAUGAUGAGCUGGCUCGAGUGGAUCCUGUCGCAGACACUUCUACGGAUAGCGGAGUCCAACCCGCAAGGAAUGGAUGACUUCUGGCUGCAGCAGGGCGCAGAUAUGCUGCUGAGUUUGGUGAAGAGCUCUCAGGAGGAUGUACAGGAGCGUGCAGCUACCACACUUGCUACGUUUGUGGUUAUUGAUGACGAGAGCGCGAAUGUGGAUGCUGCAAGAUCAGAGGCAGUGAUGCGUGUUGGGGGCAUUCCAAUGCUACUGGACCUUGCAAGGUGUUCAAGGGAGAGUGCACAGUCAGAAGCAGCAAAGGCUAUUGCCAACUUAUCGGUGAAUGCCAAGGUUGCAAAGGCAGUUGCAGACGAGGGAGGUAUCACAAUACUAACCAAUUUGGCCAGGUCAAUGAAUCGGCUUGUUGCUGAAGAAGCUGCUGGUGGCCUUUGGAAUCUCUCCGUGGGUGAGGAGCACAAGGCAGCCAUUGCAGCAGCUGGUGGUAUAAAGGCUUUGGUCGAUCUCAUACUCCGCUGGCCUGCUGGGACUGAUGGAGUUCUUGAACGUGCUGCUGGGGCACUUGCAAACCUAGCUGCUGAUGACAAGUGUAGCAUGGAAGUUGCAAAGGCUGGUGGUGUCCAUGCUUUGGUCAUGCUUGCUCGAUCAUGUAAACUUGAGGGUGUCCUAGAACAGGCUGCAAGGGCAUUAGCUAACUUAGCCGCACAUGGAGAUAACAACAAUAAUAAUGCCGCUGUGGGUCAGGAAGCAGGGGCUCUUGAGGCAUUAGUGCAGCUAACAAGCUCUCAAAAUGAGGGUGUAAGACAAGAAGCUGCUGGUGCUCUGUGGAAUCUGUCAUUUGAUGAUAGAAACCGUGAAGGCAUUGCUGCUGCGGGUGGCGUUGAAGCUUUGGUUUCACUUGCACAAGAAUGUUUGAAUGCUUCGGAAGGCCUUCAGGAGAGAGCUGCUGGCGCAUUAUGGGGACUAUCUGUUUCAGAAGCUAACAGUAUGGCAAUUGGACAGGAGGGUGGUGUCGCACCUUUGCUCACACUGGCACAAUCAGAUGUUGAAGAUGUUCACGAGACAGCUGCAGGGGCACUAUGGAAUCUUGCUUUCUAUUCUGGUAAUGCUCUCUGUAUUGUUGAAGAAGGUGGGGUUCCUAUUCUAGUGCGGCUUUGCUCAUCAUCAGGGUCAAAAAUGGCACGUUUCAUGUCUGCGCUAGCCCUUGCUUAUAUGUUCGAUGGAAGAAUGGAUGAGGUUGCAUUGGUUGGGACGUCAUCAGAGGGCAGUUCCAAGAGUGUUAAUGUUGAGGGAGCUAGGAGAAUGGCUUUGAAGCAUAUACAGACUUUUGUUCUGACAUUUUCGGACCCACAAGUUUUCACUACGGCUUCCACCUCCUCAGCCUCAGCAGCACUAUCUCAGAUUGCUGAUGCAGUGUUUAUACAAGAAGCUGGACACCUGAGAUGCAGUGGUGCCGAGAUCGCUAGAUUUGUUGCCAUGCUCCGGAAUCCUGCAUCAAUUCUUCGCGCUUGUGCUGCCUUUGCCCUUCUUCAGUUCACAAUCCCUGGAGGUCGGCACGCAGUGCACCAUGCGGGUCUCCUGCAGAAAGCAGGGGCAGCUCGAGUCUUGCGCGCAGCAGCAGCAGCCACGACCGCUUCUAUCGAAGCCAAAGUCUUUGCAAGAAUUGUCCUCAGAAAUUUGGAACACCAUCAGACAGGGACUUCAACAUGAAAGCACAGCAGUGGAGCUUAUGCUAAUCUUCCAACAAGGCAUUUCUUCAGCAGCCUUCUCAGCCUGUUCAAAACAUCGCAAAAUUGCGGCCCAAGGUAAUGUUUUGGCUUUCAAAGCUUGUGUCACAUUACCACUCGGCAUGUGCAGGCUGUUUGUUUCGGGAUGUAGGUAGAAUCACCUAAAGAGAGCUGUGAGCUGAGUAAACAUGAACGAGGCAAUCGGGAGGGUUGGGGAGUCGCUUCAUGCCUCUCCAUGAGGGGAACCCAUAGAGUAGUUUUUCUUGCCUUUUUUGUUUGCGACGUGGGGGGCGUGUGCAAUUUUCUUUUAUUCAUUUGGUGUGUAAAAGUAACUUUGAAAUGUCACCGGCGAUGGGAAUUCAGGACCUUCAUGCGGUAUACAGUAAGUUUAUUUGUUGAUUAAUGAGGUGUGGUGGUGCCAGACUAGGCUGCUCCACCUGCGCUGUAACUUUGUAAAUGUACUGAUUACUAUAUAAAGUUUAUGUUUCUGGAA